GUGACAAAAUGUGACAGCACCAUUAGAAAGUGUUUACAAAAAUAUAACCUAAAAAAUUGUUAAUUCCUUUAAAUAAUUGUAAAAUUAAGUUUCACCAAAAAUUUAAAACAUGAUUUGUUUCUUAUUACAUGAGAAGUAGACUUUAUCGCUUCUAAAACAACAAUUGUCAUAUUUUAUACAAUAAUACAAAAGCCAUUACAAUUUUUUUAUUGUUUAUUGUGUAAAUAUAAAAAUAACAGUUGAAAUAAAUAUACUGCCUUCAUCAGCCUCAAUUAUUCAUCUCCUAAAAACCAGUCUUCAAAGAAAAAAAUUAUUCUCCAUAAUUUAUCAAAAAACCAAUUGUGAAGAAGAAAAUGCCGAGAAAAAAAUGCGUUAAUUUUUUUUUUUUUUGUAUUUUCGGUGAUUUAGAAACAUUUUAUUCUGUUAAUUUCUAUUAGUGCUAAUAAUAAUUUGAAUAUUAUUAAAAUGAAGACAUUACUUAAAUUUUACAUGAAAUCUUCAAAAAAUCGUCCUUCUUGGAUUAAUUUUUUGCAUUUUGUCCAUUUUUUACGUAUAUUACGUUUCUGACAUUGUAGUGCGGAGAAAAUAAAUUUUUUAAAACUAAAGGCAACUCCGAAAAAAGUGUUUAAAUAUUAUUAAGCGUUUAUUACGUUCAUAAAAAAGAAAAACAUUAUAGAAACAAUUUUCAAAUUUCUUUUUCGACUACUUGUAAAUAAAACAAAAAAAACGGAAUAGUGAAACUAAAAGAAGUUAAAUACAAUGUUAUUCGAAAAUGAAGAUGGAGAAUUUUUUUAUUAAUAAUACUAGAGAUAAUAUUGAAAACAAAAAUUGUAAAUUGAAAAUAAUGGAAAUAAAAGUGGAGCCCAUUGAAGUGGAAAAUAUAAAAGAGGAGAAUUUUAAUGAAACAAAUAUAGAGGAAAUACAUGUGGAGAAUAUUAAGAUUGAACCUAUUGAGAUAGAAAAUUUUCAAGAGGAAAAUAAAGAAAUAAAUAGAGAAAAUAUUGAAUUGGAUUUAAUAAAAGUAAAUGAAAUAAAAACGGAAGAAUUAUUAGUUGAUGAUAUGGAAGUUAAUGAUAUGAUGGCUGUGGAAGAAAUAGUGGAAAUAAUUGAAGUAUUAGAAAUAAUAGAGACUGUUGAGACUAAAAAAAAGAGACUUAUUCCUAAUACAAAAAAAUUAAUCAACACCCAUUCUAAAAGAAAAUCUGGAACUUAUCGAACAUCAGGAAGGAGACUAUCCAAAAGGAAAAGUGCAGUACUAAGACGUCGACUAAAAAGACAACAACAGGAGGCCCUCGAAAAAGAGGCAUUGCUAAAUUCGAAUUAACCGAUGAGCAACGCGCCGACAUUAAA